CUUGUACCCCAAUCCCUUUGGCAAAAACUUGUCACAACCCUUUUGAUCCAAAACCGACCAAUGGACACCAACAACAACCAGCAACCACCUCCCUCCGCCGCCGGAAUCCCUCCUCCUCCACCUGGAACCACCAUCUCCGCCGCCGGAGGAGGAGCUUCUUACCACCACCUUCUCCAACAACAACAACAACAGCUCCAACUAUUCUGGACCUACCAACGCCAAGAGAUCGAACAAGUUAACGAUUUCAAAAACCAUCAGCUUCCACUAGCUCGGAUCAAGAAGAUCAUGAAAGCCGAUGAAGAUGUUCGUAUGAUCUCCGCCGAAGCACCGAUUCUCUUCGCCAAAGCUUGUGAGCUUUUCAUUCUCGAGCUCACGAUCAGAUCUUGGCUUCACGCUGAGGAGAAUAAACGCCGUACGCUUCAGAAAAACGAUAUCGCUGCUGCUAUUACUAGGACUGAUAUCUUCGAUUUCCUUGUUGAUAUUGUUCCUAGAGAUGAGAUUAAGGAUGAGGCCGCUGUGCUCGGCGGUGGGAUGGUGGUGGCUCCCACCGCUAGCGGCGUGCCUUACUAUUAUCCGCCGAUGGGACAACCAGCUGGUCCUGGAGGGAUGAUGAUUGGGAGACCAGCUAUGGAUCCGAGUGGUGUUUAUGUGCAGCCUCCGUCUCAGGCGUGGCAGAGUGUUUGGCAGACUUCGCCGGGGACUGGAGAUGAUGUCUCUUACGGCAGUGGUGGAAGCACCGGUCUCGACGGCCAAGGUUAAACUCAAGAGUAUUCCAGAUGAUGCUUGAAGACAGCAGAUAUUAGUCGACUUUGCCUUGAAUUUUGGAUGUGUCUAAUAGAUUAUGCCUGAAUUCAAUUUAAAAGGCUUAAAAAGAGUAAAAAAAACUCUUAUUUCUCUCUGUUAACUUAUAUGCUAUUGCAGCAAACCAUCAUUGCUGUGACUUUGCCUAACUAUAUAAUCUAAUGUGCAGUUUCUAGUUG